AUGUAUUGUGCAAUUGCAAUUAACAUACUAGAGGGCAUAGAAAUAAUUGCUCAGGACCCUGACGGGUAUACAGACAAACUGCGGAUAACAGCUUUUACGUUAGUCCUUUUGGUUAUUCAUACGACCUUUAUUGUCGCAGAGACAUCAACGCCGACAAAGUUCAUCAAAGAAUUCGAUGGUUAUAUGAGCGUUUGCCAGCGAGUUGGUUGGGGACCAAAGAAAGGUUGUGCUUCAGUUGGUCAUGUGAUUGCCUUCCACGCCGCCAUUAAAUCUCACCUCAGUAACGUUCCCGUAAACACAAUCAUAAAAUAUGAGGACGUCUUACUGAAUAAAGGUAAAGGAUAUGAUCCCAAAACAGGUAUCUUUACAGCACCAGAGGACGGUGUCUACUUCUUCGAGUGGACGUUUAUUACCACCAAGAAAUCGUCUGUUUAUAUAGAGGCGGUGGUUGAUGGUGUGAGGAAAGCCUCGACUUGUGUCUAUCACCAGCAAAGCAAUCAUGUCAGUACCUCGGGACAUUUGCUUUAUGAACUGAAGAGAGGAAACAAAGUAUGGAUCAGAACAUUUUAUAUAACGGCUGGAUACAUGUACGCUGACAAGUACACUUAUUUCUCGGGAUACAAAAUAAGCUACUUCUAGAUAGCACAGAAGAACACCACAUAAAUAUUGAUGA